CAUGAAACACACACUUUUUGACAUCAUUGUGGACCAGUUCAGGCGGGUACCCCCUGUCGUUUAUGACGGCCUAUCUGGAAAACACGUCGUCGUCGGCGCAAAUAUAGGGAUCGGCUUCGAGGCUGCGAAGCAUUUUGCGCGCAUGAAGCCCGCGAAACUUAUCCUUGCGUGCAGGAAUCAGCAGCGAGGCGAGGAUGCUCUCAAAGAGCUCAGAGAAGAUACACGCUGCGAAGUGGCUGAGCUGUGGCUCGUCGAUCUCGCGGAUUUCUCUUCGGUGAAGGCGUUUGCUGACCGCUACGAGGAAGAAGGCGGAAGGCUCGACCUGCUCGUUGCAAACGCGGCGUUCCUGCCUAUAGGCAACACCCCGCAAAUGACUGCUAAGGGAUGGGAGCUAGGAUUCCAGACCAACGUCCUCUCCCAAUCGCUCUUAUCUCUCCUCCUUCUGCCGAGGAUGCUAGAAACGGCGAAGAAGAGCAUCACCCUCCCGCGUCUUGUCAUCGUAUCGAGCGAGACUCAUUAUUUCUCUGCCAUGGGCACACAACGGGACCUGUUGGGCUCGGAAAACCCUUUGAACGUGUUUGGCAGUCAGGCGUAUUGCACGCCAAGCAGUCGCUAUCUCGACACGAAAGUGUUGAACAUCCUCUUCACCCGGGCGCUCGCAGACAGACUCCAGGACGAACCGCUCAUCGUUGACACCGUCAACCCGGGGUACUGCUAUUCUGGAUUGCGACGAGGGUUCUCCGGAGUCCGAGGGGUCUUGAAUUGGAUUAUGGACUUUGUUCUCGCACGCUCGACGGAGAAAGGUGCCCGCCAGCUCGUCUGGGCAGCUGUUGGUGCGAAGGGUGAGGAGGACCGCCUCCGAGGAGCGUACAUCAAUUUGGCCGCAGUCGCUGAGCCGAGCGACUAUGUAGUCAGUAAGAGGGGACACGAGGAUCAGAAUAAGCUUUGGGAUAACUUGGUCGAGAUAUUGGCUAAUGUUGAUCCUAGGGUGCGAGGCAUUGUCCAGAAGCACCUCACCCAGUG